AUGGCGAACAGAAUACUAACAGCGUUCUCGACGACGACGAGCCUCCUCAAUCGCGCCCUAGCGUGGGCGGACUUUGUCGUACACUUCAUUAGUGGUUACUUCCUCUAUUAUCUUGUCGGCGGAUACAAGCCCCAAUAUCACACGCGCCCUCGUCGACUGAGCCAUGGAGACCAUUACUCCCCAGCAGUCUUGGUCACAGGUGCAAGCCAAGGCAUCGGUCUCGCUGUCGCCCUCCACCUGGCUUCCAGAGGCUACACUGUACUUGCAACCGUCAAGGACGAGAAAGAGCUGGACAGAUUGAAAAAGAACAUGAAGUCACGAGAUGUCAGACUCGAUGCUGGCUCACUCCGCCCGAUGAUCAUGGAUGUCCUUUCUCCACAGUCGAUUGCAACAGCCGUCGAAGAGGUUACCAGUGUUGUCAACGAUAGGUGCCCACUUGUCGGUGUAAUCAACAAUGCUGGAUUAUGCUUGAUUGCGCCGAUGGAACUCACGAAUAUGAAGGCUGUGCGCGAUGUCUUCGAACUCGAUUUCUGGUCUUACAUAUCCGUCAUCCAAGCUUUUCUCCCCCUCAUCAAGAAAUACCAAGGCCGCUUCAUCAACAUUGGCAGCUAUGGCGGCUAUGUCAAUCCGCCCAUGUGGGCGGCUUAUUCAGCCGCAAAGGCUGCAGUGGAAGGAAUGACUAGAUCUUGGAGAUUUGAGCUCAAGCCUUUUGGUGUGGGUAUGACCACCGUCCGACCCGGUUGGACCAGGUGA